GUUGACAUCGCGAUGAUUUCACGAGUCAUUUGACCUUAGUUUCAGUGUUAUCAGGCAUUGCCUGGAAUACGAUAUAAUUAUGUCCAGAUAUUUGUUGAGCUGUAUUGGAAGGAGGCAAACGAUUUAUCUAAGGAACAUCAGAUGUUUCGCAACAGAAGAGCAAACCAGUGCAAACGUUCCAACAAAGAAUGAAAAGCCACCACAUGAACCUUCUAAUCCUAGGCUGAACAAGACGGUUAAUUUGUCGGACUUGAACAAGUUUUUUCUAAGAAUGUCAGGACGAUGGAAAUUUGGGAAAGAAAUUCCAGAUUCCCUGCCGCAAGACAAAUACAACAGUGAUAUGUGGGUUGUGAGGAUAAGAGUUGCAAGUGCGAUGAUGGUUAUGUGGUUGCUGCUAUGUCUCGGAAUUGCUUCCUGGGGAAGAAAGCAUAUCAAUGAUUCACACCAUCGUAUCGUGAUGCAACAAUACCUCGAGCAACUUAGCGACAAAGAGCGAAAAGAAUUUCUAGAAAAAUAUGAUGUUAAAAUGGACUCGAGGAACGGGAGAUGACAAUUUUAAUUGUUGUCAAUUAGCGCACUGUCGAUUGAUUCAAGCUGAAAUGCUC